AUGCCAGUAUGUAGCCAUGUGCCGGUAUGUAGCCAUGUGCUGUCAAGAGCUCCAAACGAAGUGCUGUUUCCACCUCCUUUGGUGCCAAGACCAGAUGCAGAUGAAGAAAAGAGGUACAAGAAUGACAUCAAACCUGGAUCUGGAGUCGAGAUAUUCACGUUGACAGCUCUGAUUGAAGAGCUGGACGGGAGCGCUGUCGUUCGUGUCCAUCCGCGUCCCACCGCGUUAGUAAACGAAAAAAUGACGCAGAAACAGCACCACCUGGAGACAGCAUCCAGGUUUGUCAAGAUUAUGGCACCAGUGGUUGCUGCUGGAGGGGUCGUUGGAGCAAUUGCCAUGGGUCCUUCCGUUGCCGUGCUGGCUGGCCUGAACCUGUUGAUUACGAGUGUGGGAGCUGAGACAGUCAUGGCUGGCAUUGGGUUGACAGCGAGUGCAGCAGCUGCAGCCACAGUGACGCAUCAGAGCAAGGUGAAGGCAGUACAGCGCAGCAAAGAGAAACUGAGGAAAGGUGAGUGGGCCAUGGAGAUCUGCUGGAAUUGUAUGCAGAACUUUGCCGGUGCUGCGUCGGACGACGCUUGUCGGAAGGACGCCGAGUUCCUUCGUCGAUUUCAGCUUUCGCGGUCACACUUUGAACGGAAGCAGUCCAGGUCAGAGGAGAGGAUCAAUGAUGAUGAUGGUUUUACGGAUGACGUUCGAUCGAGCAAUGCCGAACGGGUGACGUCACGAGAGACUGUACCGGAUGAUGGUGAAGUGUAUUGUUUUCUAUUUAGCAUGUUUGCCUCACCCGGUGAGCUCCUCGGACAGAUGAAUGUACAGCUAUGUGAGGCUUUCCGGAAGCGCUUUGCCGAUCGCCAUCGAAAGCAACAGCGACGACCAAGUUUUACGGGCAAGUCGAGCUCUGCUGGAAUACGUGGGACCCGAGCUUUGGCCAAAGAUACUCUCCAGGACACCAAGAUGUACGUUGCACACGUACUAGGUGCGACACUGCAGUGUUUUCCGAGCUUAGCCAGUACGUCGGAGUCCGUCCGGAGCUGCACGCUCGCCGUCGAGCGCAUCAUUUACGACGACAUUCACGCGAUGGUGUUUAGCGAGUUCCAGAGCGCGUUCAAGGACGCAGAAACUGCUUUUGCGGCGAACGUUGCGGCGAUUCGACGCGAACAAAGUUACCACUCGUCGCCCCUAUUGCGACUACCUUAUCCGAGUCGAGGAGGUGAUACGAACCGCAAAGCCUUUCAGCGACCGGUGCUAGCGGACGAUCUUCGGAAGGCAGAAGCUCGAUUGGUUGCUAUGAUGCAAGAGACGUCGUCUCCGUUGUUAAAGUUGGGUCUGCUAUGUGAUGCUUUCCGGCAUAUCUGCUGUUUUGCGGAGAAGCUGCACCAGUCAGCAUCCAACACGGAUUUGUUGAUUCCGAUUUUGUGCGCGUUCUUUGUCGAAUGCCCGUCAGUGUGCCAUGCAAGCUCGAGUUUUGUGGCAGAAAUUGCUUUCAUCUCGUUCUUUACGAACGGGGGAGGUAAAGGUGUCGAAGGGUAUGUAUUGACGACGCUACAAGCAGCUAUUCAGGUUAUUGUUGCUGUGGAUGUGGUGCCAAAUGGACAUGCAAAGGAGCUGGAGCUUUUCGUCCAUGACAAUGACAGUGAAGCUACUGACGAGGCCGAACAGAACGAUUGCGAGUUCUUUGAUGCCUUGUCAACAAAGACCCAAGAGUCUUGA